AUGCUCCUCGGUACGAGAGAGUUAUUGGGGCACGAUAGUUACGAAACACGUGUUGACCCAUUUAAGAACGUUCUGUUUCAGAUCAGCUCCGUGCAUCAAAACGCGUUCUACAAUGCACCAUCGAUAGUGAUGAUCGACUUGAGUGAUAAUCAACUGUUUGAUUUACCGCCAUCCACGUUCAUCGCACAACUUAACCUGCAAAUGAUCGAUCUGCGCAACAACAAGAUUAUCCGAACACCGUAUGCAGCAUUUAAUCGCCGAAUAGGGACAGUGUUCCUACAAGAAAAUCCUUUGGUAUGCACCGAAAAGGUACACAUGUUGCAAGAUGGAGUAGCUGUCUUCAUCGCUACGAGUGAAGACCUAGUUUGCGGAGCAAAGACUACUACCACCACCACCACAGCUGCACCAGUAAUGAUGCAAAAACUAUCACCGCGUCGACCUCAAAGUACAGCUGAAGUGAGAAAACCAGCAGGAGCAUUCCAGCAGGCCGGACUUAUUCAAGAAGAAGCGGAACAAGAAGAAGAAGAAGAAGAAGAGAAACAAGAACCCAUCCCAAUACGACCGGUUUCUCAGAAUAGAUCAACAGCUUCUCCUAGGGCAAAACAGAUUUCCAGGAAUGGAGGACUUCAUCAGUCAGAUAUCUCACGCAUCACGCUUCCGAAAGAAGUUGAUGAGGAGCUUAAGCAAAAGCUAGGAAGCAUAGAGAUUGAGGAGCUU